AUGCAGCAACGGCCGGGUGUGUGGGCAUCUCAUCGGUGUCUUUCUCUGUUGUCAAAUGUCAACUAGCAUUGAAACAGAACUCAGUAAGGUUGUUUCACAGCCCAGCCUUCAGUAUCCCUCUGAAGUGAUGCGCGGACCCUGGAGAUGUUAACUGAUAAACCCCUACAGUCCACUCAGACACUCAGAUAAUGUGCAUGACACGGGGAGCAGGCCUUGGAAAGUCUUGAGAGAGAGAAAGAAACAUGCUUCACUGACUGCUGAGGUAAUUUAGUAACAGAGGAACUGGUCACAACUUUGGGUAAAAUAAUAAAAUGACACCAGCUUGAUCGUUGUCAUUCCUCUAAAAGGUUUGGAGCAGAGAUUCCAGAUCACAAUCAUUAUGAAGUACAGUUGAUUGCUAAUGCUAUGCAUCACAAAUACACAUAAUCACCAACACUAUCUUCUUCUCUCUUAUGCACUUUGAUUAGGGGAGGAAGUCUGAUGAAGCUGUUUGAGUCCCCUUCAAGCCUUCAACACAGCAGGCCUGCUGUCCACUUUUCCUCACCCAGCCCACAUAAACAGCAUCUCCUGAUGGCGUGUGCUUGGGUAUAACAUUUUAAACCUUUUCAACCUCCUGAGGGGGAAGAGGCGCAUGUCGCUCCUUCUUCACGACUGUGCGUGCGUGUGUGCACCAUUUUAAGUCUUUAGUGAUUUGGACAGCUUGAAGCUCUUGACCCGCUUUACUGCAGCCCCGUCGAUGUGGAUGGGGGCGUGCUCGCCCCCUCGUUUCCUAUGGUCCACAAUCAGCUCCUUCGUCUUACUGACGUUGAGGAAAAUAUUGUUGUCCCGGCACCACACUGCCAGGUCAUUGCAGUAGCUAGAAAGGAUUUAGCCGGUAUUCUACCCAAUAAUCCCAGUCUUUGAGUUGAAAUCAAAGUGUGCUGUUAGAAUGUGAAAAUGGCUCCGCUCAUGAUGAAUAAAUGAAGAGUCUACUAACUAUGCUUUUGAUGUUUUUCUUCCAGUUUAGACUGCAGCAUCAACCUCAUUAAACUGCAUUCUCUCUGUCAAUUUGAGUUAUUUUCCAGGGAUUAAGCAGACCCCAUAAUAAGCCCAGAUGCCCUCUAUGUGUUCUGACACCAACAUAAAUCCUCACAGUGGUGAUGUCCAUUAGCGAAAUGAGCAGGCUAUCUCCUGGUCACAUUCCAAACACUUUUAGGCCUAUUCAUUUUUGAUGGGACUUUUGGAAAGCUUUACACACACGCGCGUGCACACAUUCUGCACACAUUUCUGGAGGAGGGAUGGCAGUGCUUUAUGUGGGCCUGUGUGGGCACAGUGUCCGGACCAACUGCCCCGACCCUGAUGAGAGCCCUAGCUGAAUGGUCGGCCUCUCAGAAAUUUACAUUUACAUUUACAUUUUACAUUUUAGUCAUUUAGCAGACGCUCUUAUCCAGAGCGACUUACAGUUAGUGAAUACAUUUUUUUUUUUAUACUGGCCCCCCGUGGGAAUCGAACCCACAACCCUGGCGUUGCAAACGCCAUGCUCUAUCAACUGAGCUACAUCUCUGCCGGCCAUUCCCUCCCCUACCCUGGACGACGCUGGGCCAAUUGUGCGCCGCCCAUGAGUCUCCCGGUCGCGGCCGGCGGCGACAGAGCCUGGAUUCGAACCAGGAUCUCUAGUGGCACAGUUAGCACUGCGAUGCAGUGCCUUAGACCACUGCGCCACUCAGGAGUAGAAAUGAAGUCAUCACUGCACUGGCCCUUGUUCUCUAGGCAUUAUCCCAAGGGUUUUCAGCUACAAGCACUGCUUACCAGUGGGACCAUGUGAACUACAAUCCCGACACUCUGUUUUAACGUUUAGAAACAUCAAUAAUCAUCACUUAUCUUUCAUAUCGGCAAGAAAUAAUCUUUAAAAUAAAAAAAAUACACUUACUGUAGCAGGUCUGCACAGAUCCAUACAGUUGUGUGCCUAAAACCGACGAACUACAACUCCUCCCCAGUUACGCUUAUACAAAGGUGUUCGAGCAUGCUAGAUAGCUAAUUAGCACAGGUGGUCACCUCUGUCUUCCGUCUGUCUUCCGUAAACAAGCGCUGUAACAUGGAGAUAUGGCUUUGUGGGAACACUAACCCUAACCCUAUAAAGGUGUGUAGUAAUUGAACCUUUUAAAAAAGUAUUAUUACUUGCUGAUAUGAAAGAUAUGUUCCUUAUGUUUCCAAAACUGUACCACAAGAGAUGAGUGUUAACGUUCAGAAUGAGCAUCGGGACUCUUAACAAAACUCCCAAGGCCAGAAGAUACCUUCAUUCAUAGACGCUAAAGGUAGUUAACGUCAAUGAAUGGGCUACACUGGCCCCAUUGUCCUAUUCAGGUCCAAUCACUGUGCCCUGUCUAUUACAGGUGCUGUCCCUGGCUUUGAUGACCUACUGAAGUGGAAAAGCCUAUGUCAUGCAUUUCAAGUGCAAUGGACAUUGUACUGAGAAGAAUGGAUAAUGUCACACUUACACUAUUGGUUGAUAAUUGUGCCACAGUUGGGCCUAGUUGACAUGUUGUUAUUGAGAUCUUCUAAGUUCAUACUGAAAGUAGGCUAACCUUACAGCCUACUGUAUGGACUGACUAGGUCCACGGGCUGCGUAUUGAUCAUUGGCUGUCACGGUUUCGGCCGAGGCUGCUCCUCCUCCUUGCUCGGGCAGGCUUCGGCGGUCGUCGUCCCUGGAGUACUAGCUGCCACCGUUGUAUGUUUUCGAUGUUUGUUUGGUUUUGUCUUAGUUGUACACCUGUUUCCGUUUAGUGUUAAUUAUGUGUCCUAUAAGUUCUCGUUUUGUUAGUCGGGUGUUGUGUGUAAUUGUUCCGCCUGUCAGCAGGUGCUGUGAUUGUUUUGCUCCAUAGUUUUGGAGAGUUUUCGCACUUGUGUGCGCGCUCAUUGCAUUUUUGGUGUUUACUCACGGUGUGCGUAAUCGCUUGCCUCCGGGCUCUUUUGAGGCCCGUUUGUAUUUCGUUGUCGUCUACUAAAGUCUGUUGGACGAAGCUUCUGUGUCCUGCGCCUGAUUCCUGCACCACAUCCACAUUCAGCAUUCUGACAUUGGCACAACUAAGCCUUUUUACUGGUGUGUGAGUGUGUGUGUGUAUCUGGGUGUGUGUUUGUGUGUCCAGCUUGUUUGUACUUACACUUUUAAUCUCCCUGAUCUUUAUCAGAGAUCCAAUGGGGAAAAGUUAUUAAAGCAUUGUUCUUUUCCCCACUGACUAACCCUCACCCUCCCCUCCCUGCAAACUGCACCGCUCAUCACAGACAGCAGGCAGCAAUUAGCUGUGAGCACAGUGGAGAUGGAACCCAGGGGUUGAAGUCCUCUCUGUUUUUCCACUGCAACAGAGAGGGUUGUUCAGCUAGCCUAACUCACAAGUUCAAUUACUCAGGCUAAUGGUUUUGAGAGCAGAGAACCAAGAAUGGGCACGACUCGGCUUGCUGUUUAGACAUGGUUGACCUCUCAUUUCCAUUUGCUCUAUGGUGAUAUCUGGCCUCGACUGGAAUGCAAAAUGAUAUCCAGAUUAUGCAGGGUCAGACUAAGAGCAGAUAUUUUGCAUUGCAGUUAGGCUAGAUCAUAUUUUAGGCAAUGAUCUGUGGUCAUUGCUAUGUUGAUUGAAUAAACAUUUAAUCAAUUAUCAUUAUCUGGACUUCAUCACAUUUUCAAUGAUUUUAUUAGGCCUACACCAUUGAACAUUGAAAGAAAAUGUUUUCCUUGUGCGGGUGAAUAGCCUACAUCCCUUGUGUCCUGCGGGUUGGAAAAAAUCAUGAUGUGAUGACUUUAUCACUUUUCACCUCUCAUCCUCUGUGGACCAUAAAGGUGUGUUCUUCCCACUGCCUGUGUGUGCUCCAGCAUGUUCCUGCAGACACGUGUGCGUGUGUGUGUGUGUGUGUGUGUGUGUGUGUGUGUGUGUGUGUGUGUGUGUGUGUGUAGGAGUAUGUUGUGGGGGAGAGCAGUAACAAGGGAGGCGUAAUUGUGACAAUUGUGCUGAGCCAGCGUGUUCCUCACCUCUCCGAUGCUUCAUAUUUUCCAUUGCUAAAAAACAACAACCCUUAAACCCCCAGCCCGGCUCUGAAUGACACAUACACCUGAGUUGUUAGUGCACCAGUCCAUCAACCACUUUGCAUGCUGCUGCCGUGAGACCUGCUGUGUCAUGGUAUGGCUGUUGCUAAGCAUGGUGGUAAUUACGUGAGGGGUGUUGGGACCGGGAGACUUGUGCGAUUACAGCGGUAAUGGAGGUGGAGGAGCGUGAACCACAGUUCAAAACACCUGCUUCGUCGAGCAGAACUCCCCGUAGCCGAGCUCAGGUUCACUGCGUCAGCAAGACCAAGCAAUAAAGACUAGCAGCAUAAAUAAAGCCAUAGGUUCUACUGAUUUAGUGUUAUGAUUAUUAUUACAUUUUUUCAUAGGCUUAUCCAAAGCCACAUGCAUAGCAUACGUAGCCAACAUCCCAAUUUUUAGACCAAUAGCUGACACUGACAGUAGUUCUGGGAAAGUUUGUCCAACCUGCUGGGUUUACACUUUAUGUUAGGCUAUGCUCAAUUGGUUCAUGCUUGGCAUACUGAGCUGUUAAAGCCCCAUAAACCUAAAUCUGAUACACUCUUCCACUCAGCAACUGAUUUCUAUGAACACUAGUAGACACAAAGGGUCCCUGUGGGGCAAGACUAGAUAUCAUCUGACAUGAUCAUAUAGAGAUUUGCCGUCAGCUGUCAAAGUCUCAGUACUGGGUUUUGAAUUUCAGCAUGUUUAUGUUACGUCUGUUAUACUGAUUUAUUAGAAAUAACACCUACUGUAAUACAGCAGUAGCUUUGAAAAGAAAAUGGAACAUUGGCCAAGGCGUAUGACAGUAUUGAGUGAGCCCCAGAUGGUAUCAUUCUCGAAAGCAUGAUCCAACAAAAGACACAGCUGUAGGCUGGGUUAUAUGCAAAUAUAUUUAGGCUAUCCAGUGAAAAUGUGAAAUGUUCAGGUCUAAAAAAAGGUUGUCAGGCGAGCUGCAUAAAAUCCAGUCUCCGUGCUCACAGCAUUUUAGCAGUAAGAAACUCCUGGCUCCAACCCCUAUUUACAUUCCACAACAGGAAUGUCUGCCUUGGUUUUUCCACUGUUUGUGUGGAAGUGUUUAGGAAAAUCAACAGAACAGGAGGGUUUGCUAUUGAUGAGGACAUUGAUAACUCCAUUUGUCUUACAUUAGGCUACUCCAUGAUUCAUCCAAUCCUUCCUCAUUACUCCUAAGCUUGCAGUUCCACAUUCACAGAGAAUUCUAAAAAAUUGAUAUUAUAUCCUAAUGUACAGUAUAUCUCCUUCAUGAUCAGUUUAACUGUUUUUACUGUAGUGAACUAACAAGUUCACUGACGCAUAAAGAGAGUCCAAAUGUAAAUGUGAAAUCAUCUCUCUCUCUUUCUUCCAGGUAUGGUGGUGUCGGUGCGGGGGCUUUACUUUGUGGUGACCCUGUUUCUGGGCAGUUUCUUUGGCAGCAUCUUAAUGCUGGGCCCUGUGCUUCCUUUCAUGCUGAUGUCACCCGCCUGGUACCACUGGAUCACAGACCGUAUCGUGGCCACCUGGCUCACCCUGCCCGUGACGCGUCAUCUUACCCCGAUCUCUCCCUGUCUGUCUGUGUUCCUUACCUCUGAAUCUUCUUACUUAUGUCUGUCUGUUUUUCUCACCUUUGUUUGACCACUGUGGUUUAACUGUUUUGCCUUUUUGGUUUUGACCUCCUAACCUUCUUUAAUGUCUUCCCUAGACGUUUAUUGAUCUCUUGCCCUGAAGUUCUUUGACCUCUCACUGACCUUGUUUUGUACUAUUCUUGGCCUGUGUUUUGGAACCAUUUCAAUUUAGUCAUUUAGUCAAUUUGUUUUUUGUUUUUGUCUAGAGAUGAUGGGGUUAAUACAGGGUGCUCUUGUUAAUAAGAAUACAAAUACAGGGGAAUACAGUAGGACCAAAUUAAAUGACAGUCUUCCUGUUCCUCCCGCCCUCCCUCUGUGCAGGCCCUGCUGGAGCUGGUGUUUGGGUUAAAGGUGGUGAUCAUGGGUGAUGGCUUCAUCCCAUGGGAGCACAGUGUGAUCAUCAUGAACCACCAGAUGCGCCUGGACCGGAUGUUCCUGUAGUGCUGCCUGCUGAGGUACAGCUACCUGCGCCUGGAGAAAAUCAACCUCAAGGCCGCCCUCAAGGCUGUGCCAGGCUUCAGUGGGUAUAGGCAACACGCACACACACACCUCAGCAUGGGCUACACAGUGAUGUGUCUUUGGUGUUUUGUAUGUGUGUGUGUGUGUGUGUGUGUGUGUGUGUGUGUGUGUGUGUGUGUGUGUGUGUGUGUGUGUGUGUGUGUGUUUGCAUCAGGCUGGGCCAUGCAGGUGGCCUGCUUCAUCUUCAUCAACUGUCAGUGGGAGGAGGACCACAGCCACAUGGAGAACAUGCUGGAAUACCUCUGUGACAUCAGAGAGCCUCUGAGCUCCUCCUCUUCUCUGAGGGCACUGACAUGA